AUGCCGCUACCAUCCUAUCUCCGAUCAACAAGCAACCACCGUGACUACCGGACUUUCAUCGUGCUUGCGGCCAACAAGGAUGAGUUCAACGAGUUGAGGACGUUGGAUGACAAGGAAGUGGGAGUUGAAUGGGCAAUGCCACCAUUCAUUACGUCCGUUCUCCGACCACCUAGCACAGUCGCACAACCGCCAUGCGCUGCUACUUCAUCAAUCGCUAUUAGUAACCAGCACUGUCGAACCCUUUGCCGCCUCGCUGCUAUCGCUAUGAUAAAUUCCAACGAAGAGACGAAGCUACCGAUAGUCGUCGUUGCUGAAGACGAGGAUGGAGUGCCUCCUGCCACCGCUUUUGUCACUCACGGUUCCACCAUCCCUCUCAUCCAUUUUCCGGUGAUUCGUUCCAAGCCAUAG